AGAGAAGCACCUCCCUCAUCUCACACCCAAAGAGUAGAGACAGACUGACAGGCAGACCGACAGACAGACAGACAGACAGACAGACGGACAGAGUAUGAAAGAGAAGAUCUCCAGCACUUGUAACGAUCAGACACAUAAAACUGUCCAAGGCAGAGCAAUGAUUGAGCUGGGCCCUGUGGAGGACGGCAGCAGCCACAUAGAGGAGCUGAUGGAGCUCACGGCACAGUGUCUGAGUCGCCUUGAGAUUAAAGAACACUUCAAUGUCAUCAAGGAGAUCGGCCGCGGCAAAUAUGGGCGCGUGCUGCUGGUUACUCACCGCUGCAGGGGGACACCCAUGGCCCUGAAGGUCCUGCCCAAAGCGUCGACUCAGCUGAAGGGAUUUCUGCGUGAGUACUGUAUCUCGCUCCGCCUGUCCUCCCACCCGUGCAUUGUGGGUCUGUUCGGAAUCGCCUUCCAGUCUAAUGAACACUAUGGAUUUGCUCAGGAGCUGGUGGUCGGCCGCGACCUGUUUGCUAUCAUCAAACCACGGGUUGGCAUCUCAGAGAGUGUAGUAAAGCGCUGUGCUGUGCAGAUCGCCAGUGCCUUGGAGUUCAUCCACCGCUUGGGCCUGGUGCACCGUGAUAUCAAGCCAGAGAACAUACUGUUGCUGGACACCCAGUGCCGCCAUGUGAAGCUGGCUGACUUCGGCUUGACACAGAAGCGCGGCACUCUAAUCUGCUACAUCUCAAGCACGCUGCCCUACAUGGCCCCGGAGCUGUGUGCCAUGGUGGCGGAGGACGGCCAGGAAAAGCCUCAAGCUCCACCGCUCAGCAUACAGCCCAGCCUAGACACCUGGGCUUUUGGUGUGCUGCUUUUCUGCAUCCUUACAGGUUUCUUUCCCUGGGAACACUGCACAAGCACUGACAGCUUCUAUGAGGAAUUUGCUGAGUGGCGGCAGGACACAGAGACAACAGAAAUCCCGACACAGUGGAAAAGAUUCACACCAGCGUGUUUGGAGAUGUUCGGGAAGCUGCUGGCGCUGGAGCCUAACGACCGAUCCACAGCCGAUGUGGUGAAAGGGUAUGUUGGGAAGGAAUGGGUGAAGCCAAAGCGCCCAAAUGAAAGUGAAGGAGUAAACGCCAUGGCAACACUGAGCAGCCCUUGCCGUAGUAGCCCAGUGCUUCAGUAAUGCCAUCAUGUGACAUUCCAUCACAGUGUCAUUAUUGCCAAUUUAAAAAAAAAAAAGAUUUUGUUAUAUCUGGCAUGCAUGGAAAGUUACAAAUGGUGAAGAAAUCAGGGUGAGGGGCUGGAAUAGCAGGCGUGCCUUUUCUUCACUCUUGUAAACAUAUUGGAUACAUCCUUAGAAUUCCUAUAAAUUUUGAAUGAGGCCAGGUUGGAUGUUUGCACGCUUCACCCAAACAAUGGUAACAAAUAGAUUUUGGUAAUCUCUUCACUUGAUUGGAUAUCCACAUUUUCUACAAUAUGAAUCAAAAUAUCUUCAAACCUAAGAAUGUAGAAUGUAGGUUCAGCAGUACUUAUUUACUAAAGAAUAACAACAAAAACAGGAUCAAGCCUUUCAAAUGAGAAACAUAGCACAACUGUUCAAUUGUUCAAUAAAAUGGUGAAUAAAAAUAAUAUUCAUGGUUAGACUAUGUCAGAGACUUAUAUAGAAUAACUAUCUGAAUGCUCACAUUGCAUUUUUUUUUUGGGGGGGGGGGGGUUAACUGCAAGAAAACAUGAGAUUUUUGUUUAUAUUGUAUAUGGUUAGCAGAGUUAAUGCAUGAAAAGGAUGAACAGUUUUCCUACUUUGCAAAGUUUCCUACUAUUAUUCUAGGAAUAGCAUGAUAAUCAUCAUGAUGUGUUACAAAUAUAAUGUAUCAUACUGUAUACUGUACUGUAAUGUAAUUGUACUCAGAAUGAGUGGAGCUUAAAUAUUGUAUUAUUGCCCUUCUAUGGAGUUAUUAUACUGCCACAUUUGUAAUAAACAAUAAACUGGCACUUUAGCGA